AUGGUUUAUUUGUUACGCUCCGCAGGCAAGGCACAAAGUCUUCUAGACUCAUCUCCAAUGAAGCAAAUUGAGAACAGCGACAACCACGAAAGCGUGAAUGGCGCAAUGGAGGCAGCGACGCAGAUUUACCCCCGCGUUCCAAGAAAGAAAACGUCGGAGCAGCAAGCCGUGGUUGAUGAAAUCAUGGAGGUUGUUGCUGAUCAAGGCCGGCGACUUUCGCUUUCAAGGACUGACUAUAGAGUUCAAAAGCGAAUCGAGAUUGGCUUAAGGCGCCAAAAAAGAGUAACAAGCGACGGAUCAAGCUUUGAUGACUCAAGCUCUUGUGCAAGUUCAUCGGAUCUUUCAACCUCGCCUCCUCCUUCUCGACAGAGCAGUGUUUCAAGCUUUUCAGACGAAGGCGGAAAAAUAUUCGAGUUCAGUAGCCGUCCACGGACUCUUCCUCCCUUAAACCGGAGUAGAACACAUCGGCCUUGUCGGCCAAUGCCACCUAAAUUUGAUUUUGAUGAAGAAAGAGAAAUUAAUUGCACAAGCAGAUUGUCAAGACCAAUGUCAGCUAUGGGGCACCGCACACGCCCCCAGCGAGGUUUUACACUUUAAUUCAGGCCAAAGACUUUUGGUUUAUUGAGAUACAUUUAGCAUUUAAAACAGAUGCAUGUUGUUAAUACCACAACUAACCGUCAGCUGAUCAGCUGAACUGUAGCUUGGUUUUGACUGCAAUUUCUGUUUUCGCCAUCAUCAAAACGUUUUUCAGAAACACACCACGGCAAAAGGAACAGCAAUAUAAAUGGUGUCGCAGUGACGAAGUUAGGCGAUAUUGCCAAACGGUUGAUCCCUGGACGAAAUAUUUACUUAAACAUCGAACUUGCUUGAUGGCAUUUCUAUUGAAAGUUAGAAUAGCGGAUAAAAAAGUAACAGAGCGCAUUAUUAGAAGCAAAAAAAGGAGCAUUUUUAAAGGAAAGGAAAGCUAA